UCCAUGUGCACAGAAUGACGUCGCUCUGACUUCAAGUCCUAACGACUCCUUCGUUUGUUUUAAUACUCUUUUUAUCCGGGGCCCUGAAUCGGUAAUCUGCGAAAUUGCGGCCAUAAUGUGAGAUGAUCUGCGGCUGUCGUCCGACCCGUCGCUGUGGUUCGUCCUGUCAGGAGCAGCGGCUCGCUGUGGAGGAUUAAUACGCAGUUCUCCACUGUGUCUAAGCUGUCAAACUGAAAACUAUGUAUUGGGAAGAGUAGACGGGACACAUUUGUUGAUAUUUAUUCACUUUGCUUUACGUGUCUUCUUUUUUUACCCUCUGGAUUAUUUCGCUGCCCAGCAACACGGCCACCUGACAACUCUGAAUGUCGUAAUUAAGGUGAAUCGAUGAGCCAGCAAUGGAGACCAAAAGAUACCAAAGUUUCUUUGAUGGAAGCAACACAGAGAACAAAUGGUCACAGGUCCCUGGCAGCAUGGAGCACUGCUGCAGCACAGAGGAUUCAGGUCUGACCAGCAGCGAUAUCCUGAUGGACAUAGUCAAUGUGAGCUGCCCUGCUGGAAGCCCGGCCACUGACUGCAAAGACAACAACACAAAGAAGCAGGAGCAGUCAAUGCUGCGGCUCAGCCAAAACCAGCCAUUUGUUCUCCCACACUUCAACAACUCCCUCCAUAGUCAUAAGCAGGAAAUGGACUCUAAGGAGCUUUCCAAGACGGUGGCUGAGUCAAUGGGCUUGUACAUGAAUGCAGCCAGGGAGGCGGACUUUGCCUUCAGCCAGCACGGGGGCGGCACUAUCCCUGGGAAGAUGUAUCCAUCGUGUGGACGGCCUCAAGAGGAGACCCAGUGUGGUUCCACUAAGAGCCCCAAGUUAAAGCCAUUUGGUUUCCCGCAGCCAAGCACCACUCCCAGAGAAUGCCCCACCGGGACUCAGAUUAGCUCAGCUUCAAUGCUGGCUUCAUCUCUGUCCUGCAGCCCCCAGACCUCCAGCUCUAUCUCCAGCCCCGGCAACAACAUGGUGUCAUCGACCACCAGCCCCCCUACAUGCUUUGGACCAGUGUGCUCGUCUGUUAAUAGUCCUGUCAGCCAGACGCCUUGCGCCACAACUCUGGCCAACAUCAAGCGCAGGAAUUCAGCCACAUGUAGCCCAGUGGAGUCCAGCACAGUGGGCUCACCGCCGCUAACCAGCCCACUUAAUAUCAUGAGGUCGCCCAUGUCCAGCCCGCAAAGCAUGAGCAGCGUGCGAUCCCCUCCGUCCUGCAGCACCACCUGCAAUAUCAGGUCAUCCGUCUCCAGCCCUACAGCUGGCGGCUGCACCAGUACAGCAAAUAACUGCAGCCAAGUAAGGCCGUCCAUCUCCAGUCCAGUUACAGGGGGCAACAUGGCGGUUAGCAGCCCACAGAACCCCAGCUCAGCUGGGUUUCCCGUGUCCAGCCCUGCUGGCGGGCUUGGUUUGGUGCAGAACGACACCAACAGCCCUGACGCAGCCGGUCUGACCAGAGACACGGACUUCAAGCACUUUGAAUUCCCUAAAGUAGAGAUGGUAGACGGGGAGGUGUUCAACGUGGGCUUAGACCAGAUGGGCAUGGUUAAGUACAUUAAGAACGAGCCUGGAACGGACUUUAGAAGCAUGUGUUUGGGCAGCUCCAAAUGUAAUGCAAGUAGCACACCUUUUAUCACACAGAUUAAGAGUGAGCCAAACAAUAAUGAGGGAUGUAUGAACCAACAACCAUAUGGUGAGCCGUCACCGAAUCUCGGUCUCUUUCCUGCUUCUGAGACCACCUAUUUGUCCCUGAGGAAUAACAUUGAUGAGUACAGUCUUUCUGGUAUCUUAGGACCCCCUGUCUCGUCCAUGAACGGGACCUAUGAGCCCGAAGUGUUCUCCAACAAUGUCCUGUCCAAAGGGGUUAAGCAGGAGUCCACUGAUGGCAGCUAUUACCAAGAGAACAACAGCAUGCCAACAUCGGCCAUUGUUGGAGUUAAUUCCGGCGGACAUUCAUUCCAUUACCAGAUUGGAGCGCAAGGAACAAUGGCUUUCACACGGCAUGAUGUGAGGGACCAGUCUAACCCUUUGUUGAAUCUUAUUUCACCCGUAACGGCGCUAAUGGAGUCAUGGAAAUCUCGGCCGGGCAUGUCACAGGGAUCACUGUCAGGAAGAGGUGAAGGAUACCCGGGUCAGAACUGCAUCACAGAUAGCAUGUCAAGCUCGCCACUGAGACAACCGACCUCAACGGCCAAGGUGUGUCUGGUCUGUGGAGACGAGGCGUCAGGGUGCCACUACGGCGUGGUGACGUGUGGGAGCUGCAAAGUCUUCUUCAAAAGAGCAGUGGAAGGUCAGCACAACUACCUGUGUGCUGGGAGAAACGACUGCAUCAUCGACAAGAUCCGUCGGAAAAACUGUCCCGCGUGCCGCGUACGGAAGUGUCUCCAGGCCGGGAUGAACCUCGGAGCACGAAAGUCCAAGAAGUUAGGGAAGCUGAAGGGAGUCAGCGAGGACCUGCAGGGCUCUAAAGACGGCCAAACUGCCACAGGUGGCGUUGGAGGCGGUUACCUAUCCUCAGAGAAGGAGCUGAACGCCAGCGCUGCCAAUGCCCUGGUGCCCCACGGGCCUGGGGUGGUCACACCUUUUUUACCGCCCUCCAUCUGCAGCGUGUUGGAGCUGAUUGAGCCUGAAGAGGUGUACUCGGGCUAUGACAACACGCAGCCUGACACCCCAGACCACCUGCUGUCUAGCCUCAACCGCCUGGCCGGAAAGCAGAUGGUACGCAUGGUGAAGUGGGCCAAAGUACUUCCAGGUUUCCGGGGCUUGCCCAUUGAGGACCAAAUAACCCUGAUCCAGUACUCAUGGAUGUGUCUAUCCUCCUUCUGCCUCAGCUGGCGCUCCUACAAACACACCAAUGGACAGAUGCUCUACUUCGCCCCUGACCUCAUCUUCAAUGAGGAGCGCAUGCAGCAGUCGGCCAUGUACGACCUGUGUCUGGGCAUGAGGCAGGUGAGCCAGGAGUUUGUCCGACUGCAGCUAACCUACGACGAGUUCCUCUCCAUGAAGGUCCUUCUGCUUCUCAGCACAGUUCCCAAAGAGGGUCUGAAGAACCAGGCUGCGUUCGAGGAGAUGAGGGUUAAUUACAUCAAGGAGCUCCGCCGUUCAGUGGGAAAAGCAACCAACAACUCUGGCCAGACCUGGCAGCGCUUCUUCCAGCUCACCAAGCUACUGGACGCCAUGCAUGAUCUGGUGGGGAACCUGUUGGACUUCUGUUUCUACACCUUUCGUGAGUCCCAGGCCCUGAAGGUGGAGUUCCCUGAAAUGUUGGUAGAGAUCAUCAGUGACCAGAUACCAAAGGUGGAGUCAGGCCUCACUCACACUAUCUACUUCCACAAGAAGUGACUCACGUUACACUUUGGACAAAAGCGGCAUUAAGAACUGGAAGAGAAGAGGAAGAACAGAGGAGAAACACACGAGGCAGGCCAGACCAAUGGGCCUGCACCCUGUCGCCCAGUAUGCCAGCGUCCUCGUCUCCAAUGGGAAAGUUAAAACGGCGAGGUGACAGAGGUAAAAAAGAGAGGGGAGAUGGAUUUCACCCUGCAGUCAUCCGAGCAGGUCAGAGCUGGGAAUAGUUCGUUGAGAAAGGGCACGACACGGCUGAGGAAGGACUUAAGACAAAUGUGACAAAGCAACCAGAAGUUCCCCCUCUGUGCCCCGCCCCCAAAGACGUUAACAGUAUUUUCUAUGGAGAUAAAGCCAUACAUUUCUUAGGAUGCGCUAGAAACACUCACUGCACACACUGACAACACAAACGUAGAGGGAAAUUGACACACAUGCUGUCCACAUGCCUUCACACAAAUGCACAGAUGCACUCCACAUGCACUAAAUCAGAUUCCCUUUCUAAUCUAGAGAAAAAAAUCUUUGCAAAUAUUAACUGUGGCUUAUGCAGUUUUCUCAAAAUAAUAGCACUAUUAAAAAUGAUAAUAUUAUGCCAGUACUUAGAUUUUGCUUUGCAGUGUAGCAACAUACUGCAAGACUACAGGGCAAAGAAUUUAAAGAGGUGGCACAGAAAUACUGGACUGCAAGGUGAAAGGUCUAUUUGAAUACAUAUUUAAAGGGCUAUACAAGCGUCAUCAUAAGCUGAGUAUUUGCAUUAAGCUAACAAGUCCAAGUUUGAAUUUCAAUCAGUGUCAUUCUAGCUAUCAUUAACAUUCACAUGCUGAGUUUUUAAUUCAAAUAUGUAGUAAAACAAUCAAAACUGAUAUGCAAAAGUCCAAAGCUAAAGCUGUUUCGACAUAAAAAUGUCGCUCUUGUGUAAAGAAAGCUUGCACGUGAAGCUCCCAUGUCAUAAAGUCACUAUUUUAGGCAUUGUGGUGUAGAAUUAACACAACAUUGAUGAGUUACCCUCAUGCAAAAAAAAGAAAAAGAGUCCAGGAGUGCUGCAGGAUUUGGAAAACAUGAUGCUUUCACAGGAAACAAUUUCAGUAGAGUCCGCUGGUAAUGGAUUUGACUGAGGUGCAUCCAUAGUAAUUGUGUUUUGUGUUAUCUCCAGAGCAGCUGUCCAAAUGUCUGUUUUUACUCACAAUGAAGCGAAACCAGCCCUUUGUGCACCAACACUUAUCUACUCUUCCCAGAAAUAAUAAAAAAGCAUUUUAUAAACGUGUGUUGCAAAGGUUUAGUUUUUGACAAGCCAGUCAUUUUACAUUAAGGUGCUUCAUUUCUACAAAAACAGGCAAAAUAUAACAUGUACAGUAACUCUUAGAGCCGUCCUUACAAUAUGUUGUGCAUACGGACACACAGUUUAAACACACAUACUCUGUAAAGUUGAUAUAAUCUCAAAUGAAGCAUUACUCUGCAGUGCUUACAGCAAACGGCUAAUGUAUCAAAACCAGGCAAAUGUGUACAGGUAUUAACAACUUCUUAAACACAUUCUCUUCAGCUGUUGUACAGACGAUGUUUUGAGGUACAUGUUGAUGAAUGCUUGAUGAAGAACUGUGGCUUUGUUCACCUUUCCUUUUUUCUUUGGGCUUAUUUCUACCUUUUUUUAAGUGAGGCCGACCCAGUCAUCUGGACCAUCUCACACCCCACUGGUUUCUGGGUGGUUGUAGAACUAUGAUGCUACUGAAAAGCGAUAGAGCCGCUGAGGAAGAAAAACAGUGGAGGCGUGUGAUUAUUAUUAUUUUGUGCCCUGUGAGUGUGUAUUUACAUGUGUGAAUGGAGCAUAAGUUUGUGUUUUGUUUUUUUCUUUUUUUCCUGGCAAUGAGUGCAUCACGGAUGUGCUCUUUCAGCGUGGGGUAUUAUGCAUUUAUGUUAUAGGAUUAGCCAUAUCCUAUUUCCACAUUUAGAUUUGCACAAGAGGAGAUACAAUGUGAAAUGAGGCAUUAGUGCAGCUAGCGGGGAAUUGUCUGUUUUGAUAAGCAACUGUGAUGAUGCAGGAAAAGACUUUCUGCAUGGUCACCCAGCCCUAAAGUUAGACACCGUGACAUCACUGGCACAGCAGGGUGCUGGUGCACUGUAUCUGCAGCUACGGCAUGUCGUAUUGAUGACGCUGUAGCUGCAUAACGAGGCCUCUUCUGUGGUGUUAAAUGUGCAAUGAUUGACAUCUAAAAGAUGUGAAAAGUAGAAUGAUCACAACUGUCUUUAAGGACUGUAUGAAAAUUACUCAGCAGGGUCAGAAAUGGUGAAAGUGUAGUUUUAAUUUUUGCACAUGGGAUGGUAGUUUAUAUUUGUAAGACAGGAGAAAAGGACUUUGAACUUCUCUACUCAAUAUUGUAUAUUUUAUAUCAAUUUGAGGCUCAAGGGCCCAUCAGAAAAGAUGGAGCACUUGCAGCGUUAAUUCAUCAUCUUUACAAGACUUAAUAAAUUUAUUAAAAAAUCUAAUAAAAUGAGUAAAAUUAAAAGUAGUUGUUUUUAUUUUUCACAAUGUAAUUUUUAAAGAUAUAAUAAGUGUAGAAAAAUACAAAUGCCUGAUAAUUUGCAUACAGUCCCUUACCAGAAAGGCCUCAUCUACAACUUGUCUUUGUUGUGCUCAAGUUUGAAGGACCCUAAAACUAAUCUCUCGCUGUUUUUGUUUAAUUUUGCCCUUUUUUAAGGAAUAAAAAAUGUCUAAAAGGUUCAUAGGAUGAAUGGGAAAGUAUUUUUGAGAGAAUUAUAUUUUGCUGGAAAACAAUAUUUAAGUACUUUGUCUAAAAAUGAUAUCCUUUUUGUAAAAUGAAAUGUUAAUGCAUGCUUUUUGAUGAGAUGUUUACAUUGUAUUUAAAAAAGGGAAACUUGUGCCUUUUUAUCUCACCUGAUUUACAAUUUUACAGUAUAUAUUGUAAAUAAUACAGCAAGUCCUUAUGUUGAGUAUAGUAUAAAACAUUUCUACUUUUAACCAUCUCGUUGGAAUAUUGGAAAAAUGUGUGUUUCCCACUCGCCAUGUUCUGUGUGUUGGAUCACAGAGAAAGAAUUUACAGUAAGGGUGCCAGAAAGGGCCAAAAUAGAGAAUUGAAUGUAUCAUACAUUGUGAGAGACUUAUGGAACCUACUACCUGAAUGUUAGAGAGAGUACAUUUAUUUUCUUCUUAUUAAGUAAAGUUCUUUUAUUUUGCACCUUUUUUAUUUUAAAGUUCUUGCAUCAUUGUUGAAGUGGCUCAAACAAAAAAAAAGUGAUAAUCAAAAAGUAUUUCUUAUUUUGUUACGAGUUGUAUCAAGUGAUGGAUCAUUGAGUUGUUGCUGUUGAAUUGAUUUCCUAACCCAUGGCGGUUUUGUUGAUGAACACUACAAUAAAAUCAAGAGAUCACAAGCUAUCAAAAGUGGAAUACGUGAAAAAAAAAAAAAAAAAAUUUUUUUGUUAUUUUUAGCUUAAAACGGAAAGCUUCUGCACAAAAAAAUCAAAUAAAAUUUGAUGUUUUGUGACCAGUUAUAAACUGGGAAUAUUGCACUAACUGCCAAAACAAGUUUCAAUCACAGAAAACACAAAUCUGUCCCAAAGAACGGUCAUUUACAAAGGAAACACGAUAAAUCCCUGAUUAAGACAGCAAGUGUUAUGCAUCAUGUUGUCACUUGCAGCAUUUGCACUCCAGAAGUAUUGGCUUUGACUGUUGAGUGUGUUUUUACUAUUUGUGAUAUUUCUGAAGGGAUAGUGUCAAAUUUUGGGUAAACAUCUGCUAGGAAAAAAAGACAGUUGUUACCACUCUUAUGUCUGUUGAAUCAUGUGAACUACAGCUUGGGGACAAUUAGCUUAGCUUAGCUGAGCUUAGCCUUACCUAGCUAAACAUGAAGACUUUCGGUGUACAUCACAUCCUUCUGUGCUAAAUACUUUUAGUACAGAGUGCAUUCAAAUUGAGAACUAUACUCAAAUGCAGAAUACUACCCGCCCACUCGAAACCGUCCAAGAAUUGAAUGUGAAACAAUGGAAACAUUGCACCCUCAAUGAAUGCUAUAUUGAUGAUGUAGUGGAUGUUGUACUAUUAGCAUGCUAGCUAAUGUUAGCAUCCACUUGUUAGCUAAUAUCUUAAUGUAAAUAGUUUGCAAAUUCUGAUUUUUUAAAAACUCACUUUAUAACAAGAAGUAGAAGCAAACAGACGGCUGAACCAUCAUCACUUCCUGUUAGCGCAAAACAGCAGGGGACAAUAUGAACCCUACUGUGAUUAAGUAGACACAGACAUAGACUUAGUGGUGACACUAACUGCUUUCUAAUAGUUUUGAAGCCCAACAAUGGCACUAACCAUUUUGGAAAUGCUGUCCAAUGUACUCUGUGUAAGCCCAGGAAGAAGCAAAGAGAAACAGCUAAAAAUAAAACAUAAUAUUUUUAAGUAGGUGCAUCUAAAUUAGUGUUUAAUCCAAUCACCUAAAUUAAUUCAGAAUAAGCCUUUAAUUCAUACAUCGGGAGGGUUCCCUUCAUGGAUGCCACCAUCUCGGAUUUUUGCAUUUUAAAUGCUUCUAUGGUAGAAGGAACCAAAUAGCAUACACAUUUUUCUUUUUUAAAUUCCACUGUUUGCCACAGUUUCCACUAGAGAAAUGGGCACUGCAGUCUAGAAUUGACUGUUAAAUGUUGUUGAUGUUCAAUUUCACACACUGCACCUUUAAGGUGGACCUUUAGCCUCCUGACAAAUGAUCACACAUCCAUCUGGGAAACCACUCAUAGACAGAGAUUGGGAAAGGGCAGAGCGUUUGAAAAGAACUCGGAGGGUGAUUGGAUUGGUCAAUGUUCUGUCACAUCUUUACGGCCCAUAAGAGC